UAUAAUCCAAUGACAGCUUUGGGCUCAAGGAAGUUCAAAAAGGACGUUUCUAUUUAAAUUUAAAAGUAGCUACGGGAACUGUCGAUUUUACAAUCUAUUAGAGAAAAAUUUCUCUGUUAACAAAACCUAUCAUGCCUGUAUACACAAGUGAUGAAAGUCCUGUUAAAAUGAGGGCAAAAACGAAAACUCGCAGUAAUCGCGCUGGGUUGUCGUUACCUGUGGGUAGAAUUCACAGAAUUCUGAAGAACGGUAACUAUGCACCCCGGAUCGGAUCAGGCGCAGCCGUUUACAUGACCGCAGUACUGGAAUACUUAGCAGCUGAAAUCUUGGAAUUAUCAGCAAAGGCGGCUGAAGACAAUCAAAGAACUAGAAUAUCCCCACGUCACAUACUGCUUGCCGUCCGGAAUGACGAUGAACUCAACAGAAUGCUAGAAGGGGUCACUAUAUCACAAGGUGGUGUAAUGCCCCACAUUGAACAUCAGCUGUUACCUAAGAAAACCAAAAACCACCAUAAAACUAACCAUUCAUCACAAGAAUAUUAAUAUUUAUUAGUCAGUAUGAGUACUAGCCAUCAACGGACUGGCCAUUGUGGAAGCAAGACAGAGACACACAUGUAGUGUGGUUUCGCUCUCUCGGGGUAUUGAGAACACAAUAUACUGAAAGCCUAUGAAGGUAUCCCACUAAUGGCAAUCUUACUUCAAGACUUCAUUGUACAGGAAGGCAUUAGUUAAUGAAAUAUUAUGUCAUGUAAAAUUUGGCAGUAAUUUUGCAAUGAUUAUUCUGUUUUAAUUGUGUAUGAAUAUUUAAAUCAUGUAUUAUUGUUGCCCUAUGAUUCAUCAAAAUAUGAAGUAAUUUACAAUCAUAGGCCCUUAGCUGUGAGGUCUUCAUGAGCAGUGAACGGGUAGAAAAUAUUUCUGACAGUGAUGUAAAAUUAUGGCUAUGUUGUUGGUUUUGGUGUAAAAUAUGUUGUGUAAAACUGUACUGUGCCGAUUAUUAAUAUUAUUGAAUUAAAAGUCCCAGGUGGGCAAAUAAUUAUUAUAAAAACAAAAAUAUUGUAAAAAAGUGACAAGAAAAAAAUGUAAAAAGAAUAAUUGUUGUUGAAGAAAUAAGGUGUUUGUAAGUCAACAAACUGUUGUCAUGUUUGAAAAUAAAAAACGAUGUUAAUUAUGAGUUCUUUUAAAAAUAUAUUAUGUAAUUACGAA